AUGUCUUUCCACCCCCAAACCCCUCAGAGUCCUUCCCAGUUUUCUCCCGGCACUUCCGACCUCGCGUCGAGUAUGAAUAGUACGGUUCCAUCCACAACCACGACUCUGCCGACUCCCGCACAUAGCGUCAACGGUAGCGCAUCGCAACCCUCCGAUAUGUCGCAGGACAUCGUCAUGGGCGACGAUACGCCUCACAAACGCAAGCGCCCACUCGAAGACUUGGGUGAUAGAGAGCAGAAGAAAGUCCACAUCGAGGAUAGCAAAACUGGUAUCGAGGCACUCCACCUGGAUGUCGGAGAGAAAUACCUACUUUGCCAAACUCCGCACCACGAGAGACUGCCGCGUAUCACGGAAGAUCUCUUUGAGAUGUUCAACUUGACAGGCAUCGCUGCAGAAGUGGCUCGCGAGAAGCCCAACGGUGAGAAGAACGCUCUUCGCAAGACCUACAAGGGCCAGAUCAAGAAGCUCGGCAUCCUCGGGCGCUUCGACUCGGUCGCUCAAGACUGGGAUGCACCAAGAGAAAGUGAUGGCGACAAGAAGAGGGAGGCGUAUCACGGCUUCAGAGAGUUGCUAGAGAUUCCUGACGCAGAGUUUUGGGGCACACGGCAAGAUCCAAUCACCAACGGUCUGUCAUCCGCUGUCAAGUUUAAUUUGAGCAAAGCAACCGCGAUGGCCAAGGGUCCCAUUCCUGCCAAGGACUGGGACAGCUCUGUGCUGGGAGAUAUUCCCCCGGGCGGUCUAGACGCCUUGAAACAGGGUCUUGCGGGCAAGGCAACGGCGCCUGGCACGCCGUCUGCGACCACGCCCAACCCGUUCAUGCGGAAGCAGCAACAAGGGCCUCCUGGCGCUGUCCGUCCUCAACGAACGACGAAGAAGCGAGGCUAUGGCGAGAACACUUAUGAGGGCUAUGGCGAGGGCUUCCCCGACGACGGCUACUCUACGGGAGACGGCGACGACAGGGGAGGCCAAAAACGUCGCAAGAAGGUUGGUAGUGCCGCAGCCCUGCCAUUCAUGUCUCUGUCUGACCCAUUACAGGAUGGCGGUAACGGCCAAGUAUUCCCCAACGCGAUGCGCCCGCAAGGUUACGGCGCCGUAGGCGCUUAA